AUGAGACCAAUUGUGAUGUCAGGCCCGUCCGGAGGAGGAAAGAGUACUGUUAUCACAAAAGCUAUGGAAGCUUUUCCAAAUGCAUUUGCCUUCAGCGUUUCACAUACAACUCGAUCACCACGUCCGGGAGAGGUGAAUGGGACACAUUACUGGUUUGUAUCCAAAGAAAAAUUUGAAGAAAUGAUUAAAAAUGGCGAAUUCUUGGAGUACGCAACCUUCGGUGGCAAUAUGUAUGGCACAUCUAAAAAGGCAGUCGAAGAUGUACUAACAACUGGACGUAUAUGUAUCUUGGAUGUGGAGUUGCAAGGAGUACGCAGCAUACACAAAUGUGGAUUGGAUGCAAAAUAUAUUCUUGUAAGGGCACCCAGUUUGGAUGUUCUGGAGCAACGCUUGCGUUCCCGCAAUACCGAGAGUGAAGAUUCGCUCAAGAAACGACUAAAGCACGCUAAGGAAGAUUUAGAUGCUGCGGAUGCCGAACCAAGUUUAUUCGAUUUUAUGAUAGUGAACGAUGACCUGGAACGUGCAUAUGGCGAAUUUCUAAGCGCUAUUCAUGAUGAACUCAGUGCAGUUACCGCCUGA